AACCCCCGGCAAGAUCAGAUCGGGACAAACCUGUUGCAAUUGAAAUGAGGAAUAAUGCUUCCAACAACCCUACGUAUUCGAAAAAAGAAGAUGCAAACGAGGGCGAUUACUACAGUUUUAAUGACGGCGCUCCUGGAAUAAAAAUUCAUGAGUUGUGGAAUUACAUCAGAGAAAAGAUGAAGAAUGAUCGAAAAUACCUCUAUGAUGAGUUUGCGACGUUGCCAACUGGACUUGUCCAUAAACACGAGGUCGCCGCUCAGGAAAAGUACAAAGGCAAAAACCGAUACAAGGAGAUGUAUGCAUACGACCAUUCACGUGUUCCACUAGAAAAAGAAAUGCCAGAUGAUCCAGACUAUAUCAAUGCUUGUUUCAUAAAUGGUUAUGAGAAAGUUAACAAAUUCAUCGCAUCGCAAGGUCCGACGAAGAACAUGAUUGAUGAUUUUUGGCGAAUGGUUUGGCAACAGAAUGCUGACAAAAUUGUGAUGCUGACAAAUCUUAUAGAAAUGGCUGCGAUAAAGUGUAUACAAUACUGGCCAGAGAAAGGUGACAGUUGUACAUACGGCGGCAUUUGUCUGUCAUACAUCGACACGAACGAAUUCAAAGACUACAAUAUUAGAACAUGGGAAGCCGUGAAGACUGGCAGUAAACCACGCCGAAUACGCCAAUUCCAUUUUAAAACCUGGCCUGACAAGGACGUUCCAGACAGUGCUUGGUGCCUUGUCGACUUCUGGAAAGCUGUUGACACAAGAAGUUCAGCAAAUAAAUCACCGAUUGUUGUGCACUGCAGUGCUGGAGUUGGUCGAACGGGAACUUUCAUUGCCCUUGACAACCUGAUACUUCAGGCAAAGGCAGAGAAGUGCGUCAGACCUCUUCAAUUGGUACAGACACUGCGCAGGCAGAGGGUGAACAUGGUGCAGACGAAAGAACAGUACGUCUAUCUUCACGAGGUUGUUGCUGAGGCUUUGCUGAUCGGCACACACCAUGUUUUUUCCAAGCAGUUUAAUAGUUUCUAUAAGCACAUGGUGAAUAAAGAGCUCGGAUCGCCGUGGACGAGAGUUGAGGAACAGUUUGAGCUGAUUAAACACGGAAUCACAGAGGAGUUGGUGCAGGAAGAUGGUCAUAGAUAUGGAAACAUGGAAUCCCUGCGACUGGAAAUGGAUGCGUAUCGCCCUAAGCUGAAAAAGAGAGGAUCCAACUUGAUCCAAAAUCUUGGAACACUUAUUUUACCCAACUACGCGAACAAUAACACGUUCCUGGUAUGCAUGUCGCCGACAGAACAAAUGUGUGAAGAGUUCUGGUCCCUGAUUGAAGAACAACACGUCAUCACUGUCGUAAUGCUGACGUCACAGUCGCAUGACGCGUACAACACAUGCCAGUACCUUGGAAGCAGGGACCAACAACAAAUUGGUAACUUAAUUGUCAACUGUAUCCAAGAAAAGAAGAACAAAGCUUUCCAAGAAAAGUGUUUCUCAUUCAAGGAUGUAAACCACGAGAACGAGGAUUACCUGACAACAAUACGCCAGUUUGAGUUUUUGGCGUGGCGGGAAGGCGAGGACUCACCCACAUCAGUCCAGCCCAUGUUGGAUAUGUUGGAGGCAGUCAACAGGUGGCAGCCUCACCUUGCCGAUAAUAAACCCGUGCUCAUACAUUGCGAAUCCGGAUUUCAUCGCUCUGGGGUUGUAGCUGUACUUCUAAACGAAGUUCAUCGGAUUCAAGCAAACAUAGGUCAGAUAAAUAUCGUGGAGAGCGUGAAGACAAUGAAACAACGCAAUAAAGAUAUUGUACAGAGUCCGACCCAACUGCGGUACAUCUACGACGUUAUUCAAGAACAUGUAAAACAGAUGGAUGUUUAUCAGAAUAUGUAAGCCAGGACUAAAUAGUGUAUUGUAAAGUGUCAUCACGAAUUAACCUAAUUUGUUUUCAGUUUAUCUUUACAAAAAUAUUAACAAAUGUCAAG